CAUUGCUUCAGCUUCAAUCUGGUUGAUGCUCCCCACAGAGGGACACCCCCACAAACCCUAAAUCACCUUCUCAUUCACCAUUCAACCAUCCACAGCGCCUCCAUCCUCCAUUAUCCACUCUCGUCACUCAUCACUUUUGUAUUCUCACACACUGUCCACCAUUCAAAACGCCUCAAGCUCCUGUGGUUUCGACGUCGUCUUCUCUAGCUCUCUCCGUUGUGGACAAUGUUUCUCAAAGUGCAGCUUGCAUGGAAUGUCAUAAUUGCUGCAGAAAACGCCCAACCAGAAAGCCUGAUGCUUCAGAGGGCAAUAAUCAUUCGUCUUCUGAGUGACUUUGCUGCAAAGAAGGCUUCGAAAGAUCUUGGAUACUUUCUUGCAGUCACAGUACUGGAGAGAAUUGGCGAAGGAAAAGUUAGACAACACACCGGGGAUGUACUCUUCCCUGUUGUCUUCAAUGCCCUUACCUUCAAGAUUUUCAAGGGUGAGGUUCUAGAAGGUGUGGUCCACAAGGUUCUGAAGCAUGGUGUCUUCAUGAGAUGUGGUCCUAUUGAGAAUGCCUAUCUGUCGAAUUUGAAGAUGCCGGAUUACCGUUAUGUUCCUGGUGAGAAUCCCUGCUUCAUGAAUGCCAAAAUGUCCAAGAUCAGCAAAGAUGAUAGGGUUCGCUUUAUGGUGAUUGGUACCAAGUGGCUGGAAGCAGAGAGGGAGUUUCAGGCACUGGUUAGUCUGGAAGGCGACUACCUAGGACCAGUUUCGACUCUUGAUGUGUAGUUAGGUUUAUCAGCUCAUGUUCAUGUGGAUUUUCUAACACCUUAAAUAUAAUAUUGUGGAAGGCGACUACCUAGGACCAGUUUCUACCGUUGAUGUGUAGUUAGGUUUAUCAACUCAUGUUCAUAAGGAAUUUCUAACAUCUUAAAUAUAAUACUAUGGUUUAGUUA